GGUCACGCCCGCGACGUGGACGCCACUUCGUUCCGGCGGAGACAUCGCGGCGCCUGGGCCUCGUCUUCCUCCUCCUCCCCCCCCAGCCUGCGACCCACAGUCAUCGCCAGCCACGCCGGGCCUUCCCGGUCUAUCGCUCUCGCUCUGCUCUAUCCCGCCCGUGCUGCGAAGACGCUCCACGGCCGUCUCCGUCAAACGCCGAUCUGCGUCUCUGCCCGGGUCAACUCGCGGCUGCUUUAGAUCCAUCCUCAUCAUCCUCGUCUCGCGCAGUUUGCUCCGCGUUCUGCUCCGUUUCUGCUCCACCCCUCCUCCCCCCUGCCCGCUCCCAUCUGUUGCUCGACGAGUCUCUCUAUUCUCUUGCCCUAGUCUCGAUUCUCUUGCCCUGGACUCUGAUCUCGUGUCUGGCCUCCGCUCUCGUCUCUCGUCUGACCAGCGCCUCGGCCCCGUGUGUCCGUGUCGUUCGUCCUCGUCGUCAUGGUGCAAAUUACAAAACGGGCUGACCCUGCGGAGCUAAAGGAUGUGUUUUUAAAGUUUGCAAGCCAGAAUAGGAAUGGGGAAUAUUACAUGAGCCCAGCGGACUUUGUGCAGAGAUUUCUGAGCAUGAGCACAGAGCCAACUGCCAAUCCUUCUUGGAUCAAGUUUUUGGCUGGUGUAGCAGACCAUAACAAGGAUGGGUUGAUCUCCUUCCAAGAAUUUGUGGCAUUUGAGUCGGUGCUUUGUGCACCAGACGCAAUGUUCAUUGUAGCCUUCCAGUUGUUCGAUAAGUCUGGACAUGGACAAGUUACAUUUGAAAAUAUCAAGGAAAUCUUUAGCCAGACCACCAUCCACCAGCAUAUCCCAUUUAAUUGGGAAUGUGAAUUUAUCCAGCUGCACUUUGGCAGCAGCCACAAGAAAAGCAUGAAUUAUGAUGAGUUCACACAAUUUUUACAGGAGCUGCAGCUGGAGCAUGCACGCCAGGCCUUUGCUGUCAAGGACACCGACAAAUCAGGCACCAUCGCUGCUCUGGACUUCCGGGAUAUCAUGGUCACCAUUCGGCCACACAUGCUCACAUCCUUCGUGGAGGAAAAUCUCGUUGCUGCUGUUGGAGGCUUAAAAGCUCACAGAGUGAGCUUUGCUUUCUUCAACGCCUUCAAUUCCCUACUCAACAACAUGGAGCUGGUUCAGAAGAUAUACAGCACCUUGGCAGGCUCUCGCAUUGACAUGGAGGUUACGAAAGAGGAGUUCAUGCUUGCAGCACAGCGGUUUGGGCAGAUUACACCGAUUGAAGUGGACAUUUUGUUCCAUCUUGCUGAUUUGCAUGAGCACAGAGGGCGAUUGACUCUGAUCGAUAUUGAACGGAUUGCCCCUCUCGAGGAGGGAGCGCUGCCCUACAACCUUGCUGAGAAACAACGGCAGCAACUUGGUGGGGACUUGAGCCGGCCCAUUCUUUUGCAAGUCGGAGAAUCGGCCUACCGGUUCAUGCUGGGCGCUGUUGCAGGAGCACUGGGUGCCACGGCAGUGUACCCCAUCGAUCUGGUAAAGACGCGCAUGCAAAACCAACGCUCGUCGCUCAUCGGUGAGCUGAUGUACAAAAACAGCUUCGACUGCUUCAAGAAAGUGGUGCGCUACGAGGGGAUAAUCGGUCUCUACAGGGGACUUCUCCCUCAGCUUAUCGGUGUGGCUCCAGAAAAAGCCAUAAAACUCACUGUAAAUGACUUAGUGCGCGACAAGUUCACCAAGCGUGAUGGAUCCAUUCACGGACUUGCAGAAAUAUUAUCUGGAGCAUGUGCUGGGGGCUCUCAGGUCAUAUUCACCAACCCCCUGGAGAUUGUCAAGAUCCGACUACAGGUGGCGGGAGAGAUCACCACUGGUCCCCGAGUCAGCGCACUCACUGUGAUGCGAGACCUUGGAUUCCUAGGCCUCUAUAAGGGUGCCAAAGCCUGCUUCUUACGAGACAUCCCAUUCUCAGCCAUCUACUUCCCCACUUAUGCACACACCAAAAUGUUGCUGGCUGACAAGGACGGGCGAGUUGGCCCUCUCCAGCUCCUUACUGCCGGAGCCAUUGCAGGAAUGCCAGCGGCAUCCUUAGUCACUCCAGCCGACGUGAUCAAGACACGGCUACAAGUGGCGGCACGGGCUGGACAGACAUCCUACAGUGGCGUCUACGACUGCUUCCGUAAGAUCUUGCACGAGGAGGGCUGGCGCGCAUUCUGGAAGGGAGCUGGAGCACGUGUGUUACGAUCAUCACCUCAAUUUGGUGUCACCCUCGUUUCAUAUGAGCUGCUGCAGAGAUGGUUGUACGUUGACUUUGGAGGAAUCAAGCCAACGGGCUCUGAACCCACACCCAAGUCACGGAUUUCGAACCUUCCUCCACCUGAUACAAAUCACAUUGGCGGAUAUCGGUUGGCUAACGUCACCUUCGCUGGCAUUGAAAGCAAGUUUGGCCUCUACCUGCCCAAGUUUCAAGCAAACACCCCAACGCUGUCUGCUGCUCAUACACUUAAGCAGUAGAUCGUUUUCAGGUAUGAAAUACAGUAAUACAAUGGUGCCACAUUUACAAUUAUUGCGAUUUGCUUUCAGAUGUAUAGUUCUCGCAGUGCUGGUUCACACUCGGCUAAUUCCUACAAUACGUAACAACGUAGCGAGAACGAGUUUUGUUUAAACUGCAUUUUUGUUUGUGGGGGUGGGGGAAAAAAAUCUGAAUGCCCACAAGAAAAAUCCACGCAUAGGCGACCAAAAUUCAAAGUCUGCACAGAUACGUUGGAAUCCUACUUGCUGUACCGCCUCUUACAGGCAACUCAGUGUUCUUGCUUUAGGCACGCCAUACAAAUGUUCUCGGUACAAUCCACCAACCCUGUGUGGGUUGGUGGCUCACGACCACAUGUAUCACCGCACUCGGCCUAACAUACAGAGGGAUCGGGCCACGUGUUUCGUUGGGAUGUGACUUGACCGUGCUUGGUAGGGGUUCUGGUUUGGUUCAGGUCCCAAAACAUCUUCAACUGGAAACACCCGGUUGUUUAAUGUUGAUUAUAAAAACGUAUUUAAUUGCUAUAUGUGAUAAGUCCUCAUAGCUCUUAAAAUGCAGACUCUAAUAUGCAUUUCGAAAUGGUGGUAUUGUUCAUGGUGUUGUAUUGCUAUUCAAGAUUAAUGUAUAUAGAAUAAUGCAGCAGUCGAACUCCAAAAAUCCUCGAUGAAAACUCACACAUUUUAUGAUUCUCUCCCCCGUGAAUUACAGGAGCUCCUGUGAACUGCAGAGGCGCUGUGAUGUUUAGGUUUUGUGGUUAAUUGGAAGACACAUUUUUGGAGUUCUACUGGAACUUAAACCAUCAUUCUAUUAACGUGAUAACUAUAUUAUCUAUAGUAUCCAGAGAAUGUUCAAAUAAUUUUGGCAUUAAAAUACUUAAUUGCAACUGUGGUUUGUGGUAUUACAGCCACGCAGAGGGAUGUGCUGUUCACGGUCCCCUUGUUGCCUGCUACUGUUUAGCAACUCUCGAGUGCUGUCCGUGCUGCAUCACAAGUGGCAUGCAGUUCAAAUAAACAACGGAAACAACAACGAAAACUCCAUAUUCAUAAAUAACACUGUGGCAUUAAAAAGAAAAAAAUAGGCGACGUUUUGGGUAAUGGCACUUCUUCAUUGCAUAUGAAUGAAAGGUAACAACAGGUAUGUUGGGCUAGAAUGUGGAAUAUGGCUCUUAUAGAUUUUGUGGGAGCUUCGUAAAUGUUCUAUCAACAAAAUACCUGUGACCAUAUCUCAAUAUAACAUUGUGAAAGAGUUCUGCCCCAUUUAAAAUACAUUUUUAUUCUAGAACUUCAUGUAAGAACUAUUUAACGAAAGCUUGGAAGUACAUUUAUGAAGACGAGUGCGCAAUACAUGACUCAUGUAUGUGGAACUUCUUUGGCAUCGUACGUAGCCAACCGUGCUAAUCGGACACCAAACUAAACACAAAAAGCAGUUCUAUAGAAAUUCGUUUUCAAUCAAGAUUCAAAAAUGCAUAGCUCCAGUGGCGUCCGAAUAUCGGAGGAAAGAACGUUCCAGGCGCCCGCAAAAAAGCACGUCUUUGUUCGAUGGCUAGCCAAAAGCCACUUCGAGGAUGACUGGAGUUUGCGUGAUAAAUAUGGGAUAUGUCUUCUCUUUAAGCCCCCCUAAUCGCCAUUUCUUGUUCAAAGAAUCACUCUCUUCUUUUUCCUGAUCCCCAGUACACUGUAUUCAAAUCACGAUCCUUCUAUUUACAAUAGCAGUGACGCGUUCGUUGAUUGUUGCAGAUCUUUGCAGUUACCGCGGGUGAAAUAUGUUCCGUCUGAGUUACAGUGGAUGUUAAAGUUCCCGUGACGUCAAUCGAACAAGAAUUGGUUCAUUGUUUGCUGGCGUCGUGGGCCAUCUUUUAAACAUGUUUCAAAUUACUCGCAAAAUUACUUCACAGGGAAAUGCAUAGCAAUUGUCGCCUCCUAGUGCAAAAACGUUGCAAGACCCUCCUGACAAGUCGAGACUCAGUGAGGCUUUCCUGGGAAAACAUGCGUAAUACCAAAAUAAAACGUACAAUAUAGAGACCACGUCAUAUUUACCAGUAAACAUGGAAUGUUGGAAAAAUAUUGGACCACUGUUGAUCCAACGGUUCGAGCCACAUGCCAACGUUGAUGCCCAACUUUGGAUGUUUACUGGGUCGUAGCUUCAUAGAUCCAAAUUAUCCCGUAAUUGUAAUCACAUGACCAUGGUAUAAUGGUUAAUUUAGCAUUUUAGGUGCACAUAGAAAGAUGAAUAACAUUACUCUCUUUUAUAAGACUACAAUUGGUACGUUGUAUGAUCUAGGAUGAUUGUGACAAUAUUUUAACAUCAUUAUUCAACUUAAACUUGUCAUUCAAUGUAAUGAGAAAGUGAUUUCAAAGUAACUUUGUCUUAAAAUCAGACAAGACGGGUAAAAAUAAAAAAAAUAUCCUGUCGUAUCCAGUUAUAGAAGGAUCACUUAUUUAUUAGUAUUGAAAUGUAUGGCAUUAUAUAAUUAUCAGAGUAAAACAGCUAAUUAUGAAGGACAGGUUACAUGACUAGUUUUACCUACAUCUGUAGUCUUCUAAAAUUCUGCAUGCUCAGCAUUGUGUGUUUUGCUGUGGAUAUUCGUAUGGCCAUAAAGUGUAUUUGUUGCAGUGGUUAAAAAUACAAUUAAAUAUGAAAGGUUAUUGGGCCUCUAUAAAUUCAAGGUGCAUCAUUCAUUUGCGCUCUGUUGUGUGUGUGCACUUUCAAAGGGUGUUGAAUAACAAGUCGGUUUCCAAAGUGCUGUGUGUGCAUCAGCUGAUGUGCUUUGUUUUAAUGCACCUGCUUCUCUUAUCCACAUAUACGUCACUACUUAUAUUAUGUUGUGACAAUACAAAUACAAAAUAAGAUCGCGCACAAAAAACACAACGCAAAAUAAACUCAUCAUUUGACACCAA